UCAUGCCCAUUUUGGGGCGGAAUGCUUCCGUCGUAUUCAAGAGGCGGGUCUGCGGCGCGGUUCUAGAUUUUGACUGGACUCCUUUCUCUUUAGACGUGACUAAAACCCGUCUGCUCGUACCUGAUUGGCCCCUUACCAAGAAGUCGUUCUCUGCGCCUGAAGCCGCCGCCUUGCCCUCAGUGCUCUCUGUCUAUUUUAUUCUCACCGAGGAGUGUGUGCGGCUCAACUGAGAGAGCAAUGCAAUGAUAAAAGCCGCAUAUGCGGUACGCUACACACCUAUCUGGCAGGAAAAUAACCCAAGAAACAGCCUCAUCGCGGUUCUCCUCACACCGCAGCCUUAUUCGCAACUCAAAGCGGAACCUGAAGUGCCAGAAGUACCAUGUCCAGGCCAACGGGGGGCGGUGCCAACGAUGUCACCCGCUUCCUGUCAUCGGGCACGGGGCCAGGGUCUCCCAACUCCAACACCUCCUCUGUGUUCUCUGCUGCCAGCCAGGCCGACUGGGCAGCUAAAAGGCUGGUGUGGGUGCCGUCAGAGAAACACGGCUUUGAGUCUGCCAGCAUCCGGGAGGAGCGCGGCGAUGAGGUGGAGGUGGAGCUGACAGACAGCCAGCGGCGGGUGACCUUGUCCAGGGAGGAGGUGCAGCGUAUGAACCCUCCGCGGUUCAGCAAAGUGGAGGACAUGGCCGACCUCACCUGCCUCAACGAAGCGUCGGUGCUGCACAACCUGAGAGAGAGAUACUACUCUGGCCUGAUCUAUACAUAUUCAGGGCUUUUCUGUGUGGUGGUGAACCCUUACAAGAACCUGCCAAUCUACACAGAGUCCAUUGUGGAAAUGUACCGGGGCAAAAAACGCCACGAGAUGCCCCCGCACAUCUACGCCAUAUCAGAGGCUGCCUAUCGCAGCAUGCUGCAAGACAGAGAAGAUCAGUCAAUCCUCUGCACAGGCGAGUCCGGAGCUGGGAAAACGGAGAACACUAAGAAAGUCAUCCAGUAUUUGGCUCAUGUCGCAUCCUCCCAUAAAGGCGGCACUCCGGGUAGGAAAAAGGAAGCUGUGCAGAUGGAUGGUUCUUGGUCCUUAACAAGAGGCAGUACUAUGGUGAACAGGGGUGAGCUGGAGCGGCAGCUGCUGCAGGCCAACCCCAUACUGGAGGCCUUUGGCAAUGCAAAGACUGUCAAGAAUGAUAACUCCUCUAGAUUUGGUAAAUUCAUUCGCAUUAAUUUUGACGUGGCGGGAUACAUCGUUGGUGCCAACAUUGAAACCUACCUCCUUGAAAAGUCCCGGGCCACCCGUCAGGCCAAGGACGAGAGAACGUUCCACAUCUUUUACCAGUUGUUAUGUGGAGCGUCAGAGGAAACUAGAGCGGACUUGCUCUUAGGAACUGCUGAUCAGUAUCGCUUUCUCAGUGGAGGCUCCAUACCUGUUCCUGGUCAGAGUGAUUCAGAGAAUUUCACCCAGACUAUGGACUCCAUGGCUAUUAUGGGCUUCACCCCCGAGGAAUCAGUGUCCAUGCUGAAGGUGAUCUCUGCUGUGCUCCAGUUUGGGAACAUAUCCUUCAUGAAAGAGAAGAACCAGGACCAGGCGUCCAUGCCUGAUAACACAGCCGCUCAAAAACUCUGCCAUCUGCUGGGCAUCAAUGUGCUGGAGUUCACUCGGGCCAUCCUCACUCCGAGGAUCAAAGUAGGCCGAGAGUAUGUGCAGAAAGCCCAGACUAAAGAACAAGCUGACUUUGCUGUGGAGGCCCUGGCAAAGGCAACAUACGAGCGUCUGUUCAGAUGGCUGGUCCACAGGAUCAACAGAGCUCUGGACCGCAGACAGAGACAGGGAGCCUCCUUCAUAGGCAUCCUUGAUAUUGCUGGAUUUGAGAUCUUCCAGCUCAACUCCUUUGAGCAGCUGUGCAUCAACUACACCAACGAGAAGCUGCAGCAGCUCUUCAACCACACCAUGUUCAUCCUGGAGCAGGAGGAGUACCAGCGAGAGGGCAUCGAGUGGAACUUUAUUGACUUUGGCCUGGACUUACAGCCUUGCAUUGACCUCAUCGAGAGACCAGCCAACCCACCUGGUGUUCUGGCCCUGCUGGAUGAAGAGUGCUGGUUCCCUCGGGCCACAGAUCGCUCAUUUGUGGAGAAGCUGUCUGGUGAGCAAGGCAGCCAUCCAAAAUUCUUCAAAUCAAAGCAGCCACGUGGGGAAGCUGACUUCUCUAUUAUUCACUAUGCUGGAAAGGUGGACUACAAGGCAAAUGAUUGGUUAGUAAAGAACAUGGAUCCUCUGAAUGACAACGUGGCCUCUCUUCUCCACCAGUCAUCCGAUCAUUUUGUCUCAGAGCUUUGGAAAGAGGACAUUCAAACUCUCCCUCGUGUGUACUUCUUUGACUCCUAUGCCACACUACAGACUAAUGGCUCGGACAUGGACAGGAUUGUGGGUCUGGACCAGGUGUCGUCAGGAGAGAGCAGCGGGCCGGUCACAUUCGGAGCAGCAGGACUGAAGACAAAGAAAGGAAUGUUUAGGACUGUUGGUCAGCUCUAUAAGGAGUCUCUUACAAAGCUGAUGGCCACGCUGAGGAACACCAACCCCAACUUCCUGCGCUGCAUUAUCCCCAACCACGAGAAGAGGGCCGGUAAGCUGUCGCCCCACCUGGUUUUAGAUCAACUGAGAUGUAAUGGUGUUUUGGAGGGGAUCCGGAUCUGCAGACAAGGAUUCCCGAACCGCAUCCCAUUCCAGGAGUUUAGACAGCGAUAUGAGAUCCUAACUCCUAAUGCCAUCCCUCGCACCUUCAUGGACGGCAAACAGGCAUCAGAACUCAUGAUCAAUGCUUUAGAGCUGGAUAAAAACCUGUUUAGGGUGGGUCAGAGUAAAGUCUUCUUCAGAGCUGGAGUCCUGGCUCACCUGGAAGAAGAGAGAGACCUGAAGAUAACAGAUACCAUCAUACGCUUCCAGAGCGCUGCCAGAGGCUUUCUCGCACGGAAAGCCUUUCUGAAGAAGCAGCAGCAGCUUAGUGCUCUGAGGGUGAUGCAGAGGAACUGUGCUGCUUACCUCAAACUCAGGAACUGGCAGUGGUGGCGACUGUUUACUAAGGUGAAGCCCUUGCUGCAGGUGACCCGGCAGGAUGAGGAGAUCCAGGCCCGGGAAACAGCGCUCCUAAAGGCCAAAGAAAAACUCAGCAGAGCAGAGCAGGACUACACAGAGCUGGACAAGAAGCACGCUCAGCUGGUGGAGGAAAAGGCAGUGCUGGCUGACCAGCUGCAGGCAGAGGCAGAGUUGUUUGCGGAGGCAGAGGAGAUGAGGGCCAGGUUAGCCAGUCGCAAACAGGAGCUGGAGGAGGUGCUGGGCGAGCUGGAGACUCGAUUGGAGGAAGAGGAGGAGAGGAAUGUGCAGCUGACCAAUGAGAAGAAGAGAAUGCAGCAGAAUAUACAGGACCUCGAGGAGCAGUUAGAGGAGGAGGAAAGUGCCAGACAGCGCCUCCUGCUGGAGAAGGUUACCCUGGAGACCAAAGUAAAGAGUCUGGAGACAGACCUGGCAACUGCGGUGGAGCAAAGAGACCGGCUCAGCAAGGAAAAGAAACAGCUGGAGGACCGUCUAAAUGAGGUCACUGACCAGCUCACUGAGGAAGAGGAGAAGACAAAAAGUCUGAACAAACUCAAGAAUAAACAAGAAGCUGUCAUUGCUGACUUAGAAGAGCGUCUGAAGCGUGAAGAGCAGGGUCGCUUAGAACAGGAGAAGUGGAAGAGGAGGAUGGAGAGCGAUGCUCUGGAGGCUCAGGAGCAGCUGUCAGACCUGGGAAUGCUGUCCUCUGAGCUGAGAGGCAGUCUGGGCCAAAAGGAGAAAGAAAUCACCACCCUGCAGGGCCGGUUGGAGGAAGAAGGUGCACGCCGUGCUGAAGCUCAAAGGGCGCUGAGAGAGGCCUUGUCCCAGGUGUCAGAGCUGAAGGAGGAAGUAGAGAAUGAACGAGGGAUGAGGGAAAGAGCAGAGAAACAGAGGCGAGACCUGAGUGAGGAGCUGGAAGCUUUGAGAACUGAGCUAGAGGACACUCUGGACAGCACAGCUGCACAACAGGAGCUAAGGUCUCGUCGGGAAGCAGAGUUAAGUGACCUUCAGCGAUGUGUUGAAGAUGAGACUCGCCGGCAUGAGGUCCAGCUUUCAGAACUCAGAGUUAAACACAGCGCUGCCUUAGACAAUCUCCAAGAGCAGCUGGACAACAGCAAGAGAGCACGACAGUCCCUUGAGAAGGCCAAGGUGACGCUGGAGGAGGAGAGGCAGAAUUUGACUUCUGAGCUCAAAAGCCUCCAAGCAAGCCGCACAGAGAGCGAGAGGGGUCGUAAGAGGGCCGAGAACCAGCUGCAGGAACUGAGCGCCCGCCUGGGUCAGGCUGACAGAGAGAGGGAGGACAGGGAGGAGCGAAUGCACAAGCUGCAGUGUGAGAUUGAGUCCCUCUCUGGCAAUUUGUCCUCCGCUGACUCCAAAUCUCUUCGGCUCACUAAAGAAAUCAGUAGCCUGGAGAGCCAGCUGCAUGAUGCAAGGGAGCUGCUGCAGGAUGAAACCCGCCAGAAGAUGGCUCUGGCCUCAAGAGUGCGGGCACUGGAGGAGGAGAAGAAUGGACUGAUGGAAAGACUCGAGGAGGAGGAGGAAAGAGCCAAAGAGCUGAGCCGACAGAUCCAAACUCACAGCCAGCAGCUGGGAGAGCUUCGUAAGCAGUCAGAGGAGGUGAACACUGCCGUGGAAGCUGGAGAUGAGAUGCGCAGGAAGCUCCAGAGAGAGCUGGACAACGCUGUUCAAAGAGAGCGACAGAAGGAGGAGGAGAAAGAAAGAGUGGAGAGGCAGCGGGAGCGACUGAGGGAGGAAAUAGAGGACAUGACAAUUGCCCUGCAGAGAGAGAGGCAGAACUGCACGGCCCUUGAAAAAAGGCAGAAGAAAUUUGACCAGUGCCUGGCAGAGGAGAAGUCAGUGAGUGCUCGGCUAGCAGAAGAGAGGGACAGAGCAGAAGCAGACAGCAGAGAAAAGGAAACAAGAUAUCUAGCCCUGACCCGAGCCCUGCAGGAGGCUCAGGACCAAAAAGAAGAGCUAGAGAGGGCCAACAAGCAGCUCCGUCUGGAAAUGGAGCAGCUGGUAAACCAGCAGGACGAUGUGGGCAAAAAUGUCCAUGAGCUGGAGCGGACACGGAGGACCUUAGAAACUGAAGCCCAGAACCUGCGCGUUCAGACACAGGAGCUGGAGGAGGAGCUGGCGGAGGCAGAGAAUUCAAGACUGAGGCUGGAGGUCACCCUGCAGGCACUUAAGGCUCAGUUUGAGAGGGAAAUCAGCACCAGCGAAGAGAAGGGAGAGGAGAAGAGGAGGGCCCUCAGCAAACAGGUGAGAGAGUUAGAGAUCCAGUUGGAGGAGGAGAGGAGUCAGCGGUCUCAGUCUGUGUCAUCCAAGAAGCAGCUGGAAGCAGAACUGCAGGAAGCUGAGGCCCAGGUGGAGACAGCCAACCGUGGCAAAGAGGAGGCUAUGAAGCAGCUUCGAAGGCUGCAGGGUCAAAUGAAGGAGGUUCUGCGUGAGCUAGAUGAGACAAAGUUGACUCGAGAUGACGUGAUCUCCCAAUCAAAAGACAGCGAGAAGAAAAUACAGACACUGGAAGCAGAGGUCCUGCAUCUUACAGAGGAGCUUGCUGUAUCAGAGAGGCAGAAGCGACAGGCUCAGCAGGAGAGAGACGAAAUUUCAGACGAGAUGGUCAGCAGCAGUACUGGAAAGAAUGCGCUGAGUGAAGAGAAGCGGAGGCUGGAGGCGCGAGUCACUCAGCUGGAAGAGGAGCUGGAAGAAGAGCAGACUAACUCUGAACUGCUGACAGAGAGACUAAGGAAGACAGCUUUGCAGGUGGAGACUCUGACUGUUCAGCUGCAGGGAGAGAGGACUUUGGCCCAGAAAGCAGACGCGACUCGAGAGCAGAUGGAGAAGCAGAACAAGGAACUGAAGGCCCGCCUGGGGGAGAUGGAGGGGGCAGUAAGGGGAAAACAUAGGAUGAGUGUCGCCGCCCUGGAGGCAAAAAUUGAGUCGAUGGAGGAACAGCUGGAACAAGAGAGACAGGAGCGAGCAAUUGCCAACAAACUGGUGCGGAAGACAGAAAAGAAGCUGAAGGAGGUGAUGAUGCAGGCAGAAGAUGAGAGGAGACAUGCAGAUCAGUACAGAGAGCAGCUGGAUAAGUCAAUGGGCAGGCUGAAGCAGCUGAAGAGACAGCUGGAGGAGGUGGAGGAGGAGAACUCUCGGUCCAGUGCCCAGAAGAGGAAGCUGCAGAGGGAGCUCGAGGAGCUCACCGACAGCAGUCAGACCAUGACACGAGAAAUCGCCUCCCUCCGCAACCAGCUCAGCAUCCCUGAAUGGAGACCAGAUACGCGUGCUGCGCUGCCUCUGUCGAUGCGUGGACGCAGAGCGUUGGUUGAUGACCUUUCAUUAGAGAACUCCGAUUCAGAAGAGCCCCCUGCCUCGCCGACUCCCUCCUCUGGACUCCCAGGAACCCCGACUCCAUCCUCAGAACACAGCCUGGACCCUCCACCACCAUACAGUGUCAACAACACAGAGUGACACACACGCAUCCAGUUGGUUACAUACAUAACACACACGCACACACAAGCAUCAGCCUCUCAAAGCCUCAGCUGCUCGGGGGGUGAUGGAGUGGGCACUCACACAACACACUAGUUUUAAAUUAAAUGCCAUAUAGGAUAAAUAUCAGGCAGGUAUAUAAAGCAGCUUCCCUGAUAUAGUGACGCUCUGUAAGCUUUUGCCUCGUUUUUUUUCUCAACAAGUACAGAAAAUGUGUACAAAAUGAAAUUUUACAAAGAGUCAACUGGAAUUGAUUUAAUUUUAUAAAACAACAAAGACUUGAAGUUUCUACAUUACCACCUCUGUAACGCACUUCUCAUAAAUAAACUAAAGCUGCUUAUUAAGCAGUAAAAAAUAAGUUUUACAUUAGGAGUUACUUCAAAAUAUUUGAUGUGGAUUGAAUACAUGGAUCAGGGCUGCUGGAAGAUGAGCAGUGUUAUGACAAUCUAUAUUGACACGAAAUAACCGACAAGCGCAGUCAAGCACACACAUGGAGCAGAGGAUUCACCUUCAGCAUGCGUGUGAGUUAACUUUUUAAACUUGGAAUAAUUUGGCAAAAAAAGAAAAUUAUAGUUACAAUCUAAACACAGUGGUGCGCUUUUUCUAAGUUAGCCUAACAGAAAUCUUAAUUUGUAACUGAUAUUAGGUAAUGAUAGGAAACUGGGAUGCAUUACAUCAUUUUCAUAUCACUCGUCACAAUUACAGUGACGCAAAGCGCUGAAAGCAGUCAAAUGCAGACACGCUGCAUUGAACGAUCGGCUCUUUUCUAUAGGUUAGAAACAGUAUGUUGUUAGGCCAUACGGUAGAUAGUAUUAGAUAGUUUCUUUAACUUAAAGUCUUAACAUAUUGUAUCAGAAAUUUUGAAUUUGUAUAAUUUAUAUCAAAUAUGAACUUAAGUUAUUGAUCACUGCUUGUUUUCUGUCUUGUGGGGGGUGGGGGUGGGGGGCAUGUUAGUCUGAAUAUUCCUGCUCAUGCUGGCUCUGAUGUCAGGCUGAACCGGGUUACUUAAAGGACAGCUAAGACUUGUUUCUGUCAGCGUCCCAGCAUCGGGUCUCAGAGGUGAAUUUGCAUGGAAGACCUCUCUGGUUAACGUUAUUGUUGGUGUAAAAAAAAAAAAGAAGAAGAAGAAGAAAAAGAGAUACACAUUUAUGGAUUGUCUAUGAUGGCAACAUAACUUGAAACAACCUGUGGAGGACUGUAUUCAUUCAUCUUUUUAUCCAAAGCAGAACAAAUGGUCUUAUUUUCUUGUUUUAGACUGAUAAAGGCAUUACAUUUUAUUUUGACAUGCAUCUUGUACACUGUAAGGUUGAUUUUACUGGAUAACUGUGUAAAUUAUUAAUCAAACAAAGCUUUUCUGUUUAACCAAAUGGUGGGCGUAUGGAUGAGAAAAGGGACAUAAAUUUGUAGUAAACGUAGAGUAGCUGUAGAAUAACGUAGAUGACGGGAGUAGAGGCUGCUUGGGUUUUCUACCAUAUCUUGAGUAGAAUAAAGUCAACCUCUGCUCGCAGUUCCUGUGUAGAAGAUUGUAGAAUAACUGAGCGUCAGGCUCAAAGCAUUUUCAUUGACUAGUAGUGUUAGAUUUAAAAAAAAAUACAAUGGAAGCAAAGAGGAAUGAACUUUUAUGGAGCAAAUGGGAAAUAGAAAAAAAGUUGCUUUUCUUUUUUACCCUCGCUGUAAGCUCAAAAUGACAUUAUCUCACACAUGUUCUGUGGUGACCCUGCUGUGAAGCCCGCUUUUAACCAUUUUUCGUCAGACUGUCUCCAUUUUCAUAUCUUCUCUUUUUAAAAGACAGUCUUUUUUUAAAGUUUUUAUAUAGUUUUGUUUAUGACCUCCAGCUGCACUGGUAUGCCUGUCACAACUUUUAGUCUGUCCAUUGAGGUUAAUGCAAAGGGUGGUGUCUUAACUCACUGGCAGGUGCUGCCUAAAGAAACAGUUCAACCUUUUGGGAAAAUUUCUUUCUUGCUGUGGUUAAUAUCAGUCUCUUUGUAUAAAUUAUAAUGCUACAGCCCGUUAGCUUAACAAAUAGGAAAUGGGAAUCAUUUAGCCUGGCUAUAUCUAACGGUAGCAAAGUAAACCUACCAGCCUCUCUAUGAUGUGGUGCAACAUGGUAACUUACACUGAAUCUAGUCAGGAGCAGGUUGUGUUGAGAGUUUAAAAUCAGAUGGAAGGUGCCACGUUUUCACUGCUUCUUUUAUUUACCAUGUGCUUUAAGUGCAAUAUAGAUUCUCUACUAUAUGCAUCCUGUUAAGCCCUACCUUACUAAAACUACUGAAUGAAGCCCAGCUGUAACAUUACAGCAGCACUUGGUGAUGCAGAGAAUAUAAAUGUUUUAUAUUUGGUUGCUGAGUCUGUUUUUCACUGCUAGAAUUUCAGCUGCUACAGCACAAAUGAGAAGGUCGAUCGUUUACAUUUCUAUAAUAUUUGCCUCCAAGAGUAGCUGUCAGUCAAUGAAAUUGAUUUCACUUUAACCUGGCAAGAAGCUGAAGUAAUUUCCACAUCUGCUUUAUUGCACAGUGGGAGUGUCAAGCUGAAGUUUCAGAGAUCUACUGAGCAUCCGUCAUGUUAGAAAUAAACAGCAGCACUGAUUGGUGCAAGAAAUACAUGAAAUUGAGUUAAUGUAUUAAUUUUUUCGCUUGUUCUUUUGAUGACCAAAUCACAAGAUUAGUGAAUUUCUGCAGCAUUACUCUCAUCUUAUUUUCAGUGUUUCAUUUUACUGUCAUAUUGCUUAUAUUCUUAUGCCCUGAUUGGGGUAGGCACGCUCAGAUUGAUCAAUUUUGUGCCGAAGGAGAGUCAAAUGAUACGUAAAACACCCCCUUUUAUCUUUGAUGUAGGUUUUAAGUUUUGUCAUGUCAGCUGAGGCCUCAGUCACACAGGCCUAACAGAUGGGUUACAGGCCCUGGCAACCGCCUGUUGCUAGGGAAAAAUGUGUAUUCUCCCAAUUGGUCGGCAGUUGGUUACUGGAAGUUGGUGGCUGUCAUCAAGUGAAAUCGGUUGCACAGUGGGUGCUGCACCAAAAACCUUGAGAUUGCUUUGGUGGCUGGAAGGUUGCACUUCCAUGCAAACUACUGCCAUGGUCAGUUUGUAUGGAAGACAGCAACUUGUCUUUACUGCUGCUUGGCAAGUAGGUGGCGAGUGUUUGCAGACAAGUCAGCAUCUUCCACGUACAGUAAACUGCUCGUGACCUCUCUUUGACAGCUAGCAACCUCCAGCAACCGCUCGCUAACCUGGCGAGGAAUGCAUUUUUUCCCCUAGCGACCCGUGGUUGCCAGGCAGUUGAUGGGUGGUCUCUGGGCCUCUGUGUAUGUAAAGAAAGCCUGGCUAUGUUGAACUUGCUUCUAGUGCUGGAAGUUUUUUUUUUUCAGUAAUGUAGUCACAUAACUUUUAAUUUUGCACUAAACAAACUGGAUAUAAAUUUAUAAGCUUUAUGUGCUGGUAGGUGAGUUUUGUUACCUUCAGGUUUUCAGCCUUAAUGCUAAGCUAACUAGCUGUGGGCUGUAGUUUUGAAUUAAAUGAACAGACUUGGGGAAGGCACGGCUCUUCUAAUGAAAGCAAAUUUCCCCAAAGGCAAAUUUUCUUUUAAAGCAGAACGAAUGUCACUGAUGCUUUAACUUCGAAAAAUCUGAACUAAAGGAAGCUCCGUAUCGUAUAGCUGAAAUCAUAAAUGUUGCUCUGAAUGUGUUUAUUAUUCUGAAUAGGCCUAUAUUAUCUAUACUAUAUGGAAAAGGAUCAACAAUCCUGUUGGAGUUUAUCAUUGGUUACACACAUGACCACUACAGUAGUUUUCGGUGAUCAGGGUUGUCAUCACUGUUAAGUUAACAUGUCUCUGAUGCACUGACAAAAAUAAAACAAUAAGCAUUACUCUGCAGUCACCCCACAUAUUUCUGCAUUUUUUGCCAUGCCAUGAUUCACAGUUAGUGACAGAAAGAAAUUAAAAUAUGAGUCAAGAAAGACUACUGACGACAUAUAUUUAACGCCCAAUUAAAGAGUUUUAAUUUUUUAUUUUCUGUAUGUGUUACUCUUAUUUUAGUAAUAUGCAAAGGGUUUUGAUUAAAGUUGUGUUUUUUUUAAGAUAUUGUGUAAAUGCUGCACUUCACACACUACCUGCUUUACAGAGAUAAAAUCAGUACCGACACUGUCAGUACACUAUAUCUGCUUUGUCAUAGUGUGGUUUAUCUCAAAAAGGCCAACAUAUGAGCUGACGCAACAUCACGAUGCUGUCUCGCUGAACUAUUCACUCAACUAUUAUUAAAAAAUGCGCAUCAAAUAGACCAAAAUCUGACGACAAACGGAUUGAACUGCUGGAAUGAGGGCAGAUGAGCUCUGUUUACCUGUAGCAAGAGACGAGGCCGGUGCUUCUCUAAGGUGUUAUUUUAUUUUUCUCUGUGUUUGUUUAUGGCUACUGUGGAACCAUUUUGAAAAUGUGUUUUAUCGUUUUAGCCUCUUUUUUUAAUGAUGCUGUAAUUAUAAAACAUCUGACCGGGGUUAACUUUAAUAUAUGUCGUUGGUUUUGA